UUUUGCAGCGGCCAUAAUCCAGAGCGAGCAGCCACAGAGGAGAGCUGCUGGAUUUCAGAGACAAAGAGAGGAAUGGAGGACCAGACCUCCGACCAGAACCCGGAGCAGCGGAGCAACAAGGUCCCCAGAAGACAAGCAGCAGGCUCGGACUCUGAUACCACCGAUGUUCAGAAACGGAGAGGAAGAGAGGGACCUGGACGUCACCGCUGUCAGCACUGUGACAAAUCCUACGCAUCAUCAAAUUACUUAAAGGUUCAUCAGAGAGUUCACACUGGAGAGAAACCGUACAGCUGUGACCAAUGUGGGGCAGCUUUCAUACAACAGAGUAACCUCAAAAAACACCAACUCAUUCACACUGGAGAGAAGCCGUACAGCUGUGACCAAUGUGGGGCAACUUUCGCACAACAGAGUAACCUCAAAAAACACCAACCCAUUCACACUGGAGAGAAAGCGUACAGCUGUGAUCAAUGUGGGACAACUUUCACUUACCAAAAUUCUCUAAGAUUACAUCAGCGCAUUCACACUGGAGAGAAGCCUUUUAGCUGUGAUCAAUGUGGGGUAGCGUUUGCCUCUCAAAGUGCGCUAGUAACACACAGACGCAUUCACACUGGAGAGAAGCCUUACUGGUGUGAACAAUGUGGGAAAACUUUUGCUAUAAGUGGUACCCUUAAAUCUCACCGCCGCAUUCACACUGGAGAGAAGCCGUAUUGGUGUGAGCAAUGUGGGAAAACUUUUUCUAGGAGUUAUGACCUUAAAUCGCACCAGCGCAUUCACACUGGAGAGAAGCCGUAUUGUUGUGAACAAUGUGGGAAAACCUUUUCUGCAAGUAGUGCCCUUAAAUCUCACCAGCGCAUUCACACUGGAGAGAAGCCAUUCAGCUGUGAACAAUGUGGGAAAACGUUUUCUCAGAGAGGUAGCCUUAAAUCUCACCAGUUCACUCACGCUGCCUCGUUUGCACCGAACUCUAGUUUACUUGGAAGAGAGCCGAGGCUUUCACACCAGCCCAAACCAACCGGACUAUCAGUCCCAACGCUCCAGGAAUCCAGAGUGAGUCCAGCAGCCACAGAGGAGAGCUGCCGGAUUUCAGAGACAAAGAGAGGAAUGGAGGACCAGACCUCCGACCAGAACCCGGAGCAGCGGAGCAACAAGGUCCCCAGAAGACAAGCAGCAGGCUCGGACUCUGAUACCACCGAUGUUCAGAAACGGAGAGGAAGAGAGAGACUCAAACGUCACUACUGUCAGCCCUGUGACAAAUCCUUCACAACAUCAAAGUAUUUAAAGAUUCAUCAGAGAGUUCACACUGGAGAGAAGCCGUACAGCUGUGAUCAAUGUGGGGCAGCUUUCAUACAACAGAGUUCCCUAAAAAGACAUCAACACAUUCACACUGGAGAGAAACCAUACAGCUGUGAUCAAUGUGGGGCUGCUUUCACACAAAAGAAUAACCUAAAAAUACAUCAACGCAUUCACACUGGAGAGAAGCCGUACAGCUGUGAUCAAUGUGGGGCAGCUUUCACACAACAGACUGACCUAAAAACACAUCAACGCAUUCACACUGGAGAGAAGCCAUACAACUGUGAUCAGUGUGGGGCAGCUUUCACACUACAGAGUCACCUUACACGUCACCAACGCAUUCACACUGGAGACAAACCUCACAGCUGUGAUAUGUGUGAGAAAGCUUUCACCACUAAAAGAGAUGUUGAAAUCCACCGACUUGUUCACACUGGAGUGAAACCGUACUGGUGUGAUCGAUGUGGGAAGACUUUUUCUCAGAGGAGUCACCUUAAAUGUCACCAGCGCAUUCACACUGGAGAGAAGCCAUAUUGGUGUGAACAAUGUGGGAGAACGUUUUCUAAUAGUGGUAACCUUAAAGUCCACCAGCGCAUUCACACUGGAGAGAAGCCAUAUUGGUGUGAACAAUGUGGGAAAACGUUUUCUAACAGUAGUAACCUUAAAGUCCACCAGCGCAUUCACGCUGCCUCGUUGUGAACAUGUUUCAGAGCCAAGCUGUUUCCUCCUGCCGCCUCCUCAUACCCUGAUAACUCUGUUAUAUUCUGAGCUUCUCUCCACAUUGAAGGCUGACCAGCAGGAACUUUAUCUUCUGAACAGCAUGAAUGUUAUUGUGGCUACGACUCCAUAUUACGCUCCCU